CACAAGUCAAGCCCAGCGGUGUUUGCAGGAGCAUCGGCUACAUAACCACGUCGGGAGAAUAGUGCACUCAACAACUGUACUAUCGCAAACGUGUUUAGCUGUGGAAUAUGUCUACCUCACGGACAGUCAUAUGUUUGCUGAGAAAUGACUUGCGUCUUCACGACAAUGAGGUGUUUCACUGGGCCCAGAGGAAUGCUGAACACAUCGUUCCCCUGUACUGUUUCGAACCUGGUCAUUACCUGGGGACAGCCAACUACAACCUGCCCCGUACCGGCCCCUUCCGCCUGCGCUUCCUACUGGACAGCAUCCAGGACCUCAGGACCAGUUUGAUACAGAGAGGCAGCACCCUGGUGGUGAGACGGGGCAGACCAGAGGAGGUGGUUGGUGAUCUCAUUAAGCAGCUAGGUUCUGUUAGCGCUGUGGCCUUCCAUGAAGAGGUGGUGCCAGAGGACCAGCAGGUGGAGAGAGGAGUGAGGGAUAUUUGUUCUCAGAUGAAGGUUAAAGUUCACACCUGCUGGGGGUCGACACUGUACCACCGAGACGACCUUCCUUUCAACCACCUAUCCAGGCUGCCUGACGUAUACACCCAGUUCAGGAAGGCAGUGGAGACCCAGGGCAGGGUGAGGCCUGUCUUGCCCACCGUAGACCAGCUGAAGCCGCUCCCUCCUGGGUCAGGUCUGGAUGAAGGCCCCAUCCCCUCCCCAGAAGACCUGGAGCAGACAGACACUGUUAGGGACCCUCGCUCUGCCUUCCCCUGCAGCGGGGGAGAGACUCAGGCCCUGGCCAGACUACAGCACUACUUCUGGGACACGGAUGCUGUGGCUACCUACAAGGAGACUCGUAACGGCCUGAUAGGACUGGACUAUUCCACCAAGUUUUCCCCGUGGUUGGCUAUAGGCUGUAUCUCCCCCAGGUAUAUCUACCAACAGAUCAAGAAGUAUGAGAGUGAACGAACAGCCAAUCAGAGCACAUACUGGGUGGUAUUUGAGCUGCUCUGGAGAGACUAUUUCAAGUUUGUAGCAGCCAAAUACGGAGACAGACUGUUUGACAUCAAAGGCCUUCAGGACAAAUCCAUCCCUUGGAAGAAGGACAUGAAUCUGUUCAAUGCAUGGAAAGAGGGUCGCACCGGGGUGCCAUUCGUUGACGCCAACAUGCGAGAGCUGGCGCUGACAGGGUUCAUGUCUAACAGGGGUCGCCAAAACGUAGCCAGCUUCCUCACCAAGGACCUGGGACUGGACUGGAGGAUGGGGGCCGAGUGGUUCCACUACUUACUGGUGGACCAUGACGCGAGCAGUAACUAUGGUAACUGGCUAUACAGCGCGGGGAUAGGAAACGACCCGAGGGAGAACAGGAAGUUCAACAUGAUCAAACAAGGACUCGACUACGACAACAACGGGGACUAUGUUAGACACUGGGUCCCAGAGCUCAAGGGGAUCAGAGGGGGGGAGGUCCACACCCCCUGGACCCUUAGCUCCGCCUCCCUGUCUCACGCACUGGUGUCCCUCAACGACACAUACCCCUCCCCCGUUGUCAUGGCGCCAGAAUGGAGUCGCCACGCCAACAAGAAGCCGACUGGUGCUGGGCCCUCGGCCAGAGGAAAGACGGGGCCGUCCCACACCCCUAAACAACACAAGGACAGAGGAAUAGACUUCUACUUCUCCAAGAGCAAGAACUUCUGAUGGAGCAGACUAACUGAAAAGAUUGAAAUAACUGUUGGGCUUCCGCAAGGAAAUGGUUUGACCCAUCCCUGCUUUAUGGGUGGAUGGUUUGACCCAUCCCCGCUCUAUAUGGGUGGAUGGUUUGACCCAUCCCCGCUUUAUAUGGGUGGAUGGUUUGACCCAUCCCCUCUCUAUAGGGGUGGAUGGUUUGACCCAUCCCCGCUUUAUAUGGGUAGAUGGUUUGACCCAUCCCAUCUCUAUAGGGGUGGAUGGUUUGACCCAUCCCCUCUCUAUAGGGGUGGAUGGUUUGACCCAUCCCCGCUCUAUAGGGGUGGAUGGUUUGACCCAUCCCCGCUCUAUAGGGGUGGAUGGUUUGACCCAUCCCCGCUCUAUAGGGGUGGAUGGUUUGACCCAUCCCCGCUCUAUAGGGGUGGAUGGUUUGACCCAUCCCCGCUCUAUAUGGGUGGAUGGUUUGACCCAUCCCCUCUCUAUAGGGGUGGAUGGUUUGACCCAUCCCCUCUCUAUAGGGGUGGAUGGUUUGACCCAUCCCCUCUCUAUAGGGGUGGAUGGUUUGACCCAUCCCCUCUCUAUAGGGGUGGAUGGUUUGACCCAUCCCCUCUCUAUAGGGGUGGAUGGUUUGACCCAUCCCCGCUCUAUAGGGGUGGAUGGUUUGACCCAUCCCCGCUCUAUAGGGGUGGAUGGUUUGACCCAUCCCCGCUCUAUAGGGGUGGAUGGUUUGACCCAUCCCCGCUCUAUAGGGGUGGAUGGUUUGACCCAUCCCCGCUCUAUAGGGGUGGAUGGUUUGACCCAUCCCCUCUCUAUAGGGGUGGAUGGUUUGACCCAUCCCCUCUCUAUAGGGGUGGAUGGUUUGACCCAUCCCCGCUCUAUAUGGGUGGAUGGUUUGACCCAUCCCCGCUCUAUAGGGGUGGAUGGUUUGACCCAUCCCCGCUCUAUAGGGGUGGAUGGUUUGACCCAUCCCCUCUUUAUAUGGCCAGCAGCAUACCACCCUGCAUACCACUGCUGGCUUGCUUCUGAAGCUAAGCAGGGUUGGUCCUGGUCAGUCCCUGGAUGGGAGACCAGAUGCUGCUGGAAGUGGUGUUGGAGGGCCAGUAGGAGGCACUCUUUCCUCUGGUCUAAAAAAUAUCCCAAUGCCCCAGGGCAGUGAUUGGGGACACUGCCCUGUGUAGGGUGCCGUCUUUCGGAUGGGACGUUAAACGGGUGUCCUGACUCUCUGAGGUCAUUAAAGAUCCCAUGGCACUUAUCGUAAGAGUAGGGGUGUUAACCCCGGUGUCCGGGUUAAAUUCCCAAUCCGGCCCUCAAACCAUCAUGGUCACCUAAUAAUCCCCAGUUUACAAUUGGCUCAUUCAUCCCCCCCCUCUCCCCUGUAACUAUUCCUCAGGUCGUUGCUGCAAAUGAGAACGUGUUCUCAGUCAACUUACCUGGUAAAAUAA